CACCACCACCAACGAAGACAAGAGCUUUCUCAUUUUCUCUAUCUCUCUUUUCUUCAGACAACAAAAGAAAAUUGAAAGAGAGAACAAUGGCAGCUCUUAAGACAUUGCAAGCUCUGAUCUUUCUUGGUAUAUUGGCCACGUCCUGUACCGCUCAAGCUCCGGCUCCAGCACCCAUUAUGCUUUUCCCACCCGUAGAGUCUCCUUCUCCUGUUAUUACACCAACCGCUGAGCCACCGUCUCCGGUACCGGUUGCUUCACCACCGGUUAUGGUAACCGAGCCAACUCCAGCUCCGGCUACUCCUCCCACCGUCUCAUCACCGACAAAGUCUCCUAAAACUUCUCCUGUCGCCUCUCCUCCAAAACCAGAAGGUAUGGUUCCAAGCCCAUCAGUCCCAACACCAACACCAACUCCAUCACCAACUCCGGCUCCUGAAGGACCAAUUGCUGACUCAGCAUUGACUAACAAAGCUUUCCUUGUCAGCACCGUCAUUGCCGGAGCCUUGUACGCCGUCGUUUUGGCUUAAGAGAGCGUUGAGUAUAUUACACUCUCUAUCUCUCUCCUUUGGUUUGACGAAUCUCUCUGUUUUCUCUAAUACAUUUUGUGUUCACUUCCACUUUGUUGAUGUUUCUUUUUCUCGUCUUUUGAUUCUUUAUAACUCUGAUGGGUGUAAUGAAAGUAACUCCAAUCGUUCUUGUUA